AUGAGGGAUGAGAUGGGUAAUAAGGUGGGAGAGUAUUCAGAAGGAGGACUGAAUGAAAUGAGGCAGAUUGAAAUUGAGAAUUGUAAAUGGGCUGAAUUCAACCAAAUUGAUCUGAAUCAGGUUGACUUGGGUUUGAGGAUGUCUGAUAACACGUUGUUGAUGUACCAUCUGGCACUGCAUAGAGCUAGUAGAUUCCAGAUUAUUCCAUUGAACUACAUCAAAUCAACCACAUUUCUGAAUAACACAAUUCCAUCAGUUUGUACUACGAAUUCAAUAGUGGCAUCUAUGAUGGUUCUAUCAUACUAUAACAACUCUAACUACUUCAUACACCAAUCAGUGAUGAAAAUAGGACUAGGUAGACGAAAUCAGGAAUGUAAUACGUGUGGAGUGCCAAAUUAUUUAUGUAGAUUCAGUAGCAGAACAAGAUUAGCACAUUUAUUUGAUUAUUUUGGAAUUGAUGAGAUAAUAAUAGGUGAUGAAAUAUAUAGUAGAGGUGAUAAGAGGACGAUUAAGAUUGAACUAAUGCGAUUUAACAAGAUGUUUGGGAUGUAUGAGAAAGAUGAAUACAGGAAACGAAUCUAUUUGGAGGUGACUAGAAACAAAAAACAAGGACGAAUAGCCGUAAUGAAUAGAGGUGGUGUCUACAUAAAACCACAAAUCAAUAGGAAAUAG